AUGAACAGGGAUAAAGCAGAACAGAUAUACCGAGGUCAAGUGAAAGUCAAUAUUGGAAAGACUGCUUCAACUGGCAGUCUUAUUAACCACCUGAGAAGGCACAAGAAAGAAUUUCAGGAAUUUAGCAAAGAGCGUUUGAAUGUAAACAAACAAAAAGAAGAACAACCCUCAACCUCGAAACAACCAUCGGUUCAAGAUCUUUUUAAGAAAAAGGAACGUUUUACUACCUCACAUCCGAGACACAUACAGAUAACAAAGGCCGUGACGCGAAUGAUAACGACCGACCUCCACCCAUAUUCUCUAGUGGAAGAGGCUUCAUUCAAAAAUUUGAUGGAUAUACUGGAACCAAGAUACCAGCUGCCUUCCAGAACGACGUUCUCCAGGACAUUGGUUCCGGAACUUUAUAAAAGUGAGAGGGAAAGAAUAAAGUCGACUAUUACAGAAGAUGCUAAAAGUCUGUUAUCGAUGUCCCUGACUACAGACACAUGGACGUCAAGGGCAAAUGACUCGUUCAUGUCCCUAACACUUCAUUACCUGUCAAAGGACUUUGAUUAUAAGUCAUUUGUGCUAGGUAACAAGAACAUAACAGAGGCCCAUACAUCACUUUUUUUGUUGGGGCAACUAGAAGAGAUGGUGGAGAACUGGGAGCUCCCUAAAAUCCCUAUUUAUGUCCUCAGUGACAACGCCGCCAACAUUAAGGCUGCUUUGGACAAGUCUUCAUGGGAAAGGAUUCCAUGCUUUGCCCAUACAUUGCAGCUUGCAAUCCACGAUGCUGAGUCAGAAGUUCCCGGGAUCAAUGAAAUGUGUAAGAGAGCACGCAACAUUGUUGGCCACUACAGCCACAGUUCAAGUGCAAGAGCCCGACUAAAGAAUAUACAAAAAAGACUCUCUUUGCCUGACCAUGAGUUACUACAAGACGUUGCUACUAGGUGGAAUAGUAGGUACGACAUGUUAAGUAGGCUUCUGGAACAGAAGGAAGCCGUAUCAGCCGAUAUAGCUGCUUCAGCUGACAUAGAAAACCUAACAACAAGCCAGUGGAAAUUGGCUUCUGGUGUCGUAGAAAUACUAAAGCCCUUCAAGGAAGUGACAACCCAGCUAUCAUCUGAGAAAUACCCAACAAUUUCCAUGGUUGCCCCGGCACUUCAUGUUAUAGAAGACUACUUGUUGAAUUUUUUAAGGAAAGGAGAACAAGGAACCGGUUUAUCACUGGCCAGAGCACUAUCAAAGGCCAUAAAAUCUAGAUUUCCAAUUUACAGAAAAGACAAAAUGUACAUCGCACCAAUGAUACUAGAUCCAAGGUACAAAACUAAAAUCUUCAGUGAAGCGGAACAAGGUCUUGCUUUGACAACCCUUAAAAGCUGCAUAGCAAACCUACCAAAGCCAACAACCACUUCUCCAUCAGCAUCAACUGAACUCUCUGCAGACCUGACACAACCCGAAACUUCAAAACAAUCCGAUGUAAAAACAUUGUGGUCAACAUUCGAUUCAAGUGAUGACGAAACUUCAAGUAGCAGCAACCUUGUCGAUAAAGAAUUAGAUUUCUAUCUGGAAAAGAAAAGAAUAUCCACAGUAGAAAAUCCUCUACACUGGUGGAAGGAGAAACCAACCAGAUUAUGGUAUCUGCGAGUGUGCAACGUGUCAGUGAGUGGACACUAUGAGUGA